GCUGAGCCCCGUCCAGGUACGCUCGUAAGGGGAAGGCCGCCCACAGCCUGGGACUGACGUACGGGAGAUCGCCGCGGUGCGACUCAUUAUGUCGGUUAGACUCAGCGACGACGGACACGCUCGCUGGGUGCAGUUAAGCAGCUGCAACAAAAACAACUACAAUAACAAUAAUAAGUCAUCCGGGCGGAUCGCCCGGGAGCAGGAUGCCGAAAAAGCGUAACUUAAACAGGGCUGCAGAACGGGGAAGGCGGCGUCCCUGUGGGGCUUCAGCUCGCCGCUUCACCGAGGAUGGUCGGCCCUCGCGAGCCACUUGGAGCCUCCGGCCGGCACUUCUACACCAUUUUCAGGGUUUAUUAAGCAGUUCUAUAGACACCUGGCUGAUGGCACUUAGAUGGCAGCGUCCAGUCUCUCUUAAUCCCCCUCAAACGCCCCAGCCUGGAUCCCGAGAGACUGGGGCCCCUGCAGUUACCCGGCUCGCUGUCCUGGCCGGUUCUCGGCGUACGUAGAUACGGUCUGCGGUCCAUAACCCCAGCGAGGUCCCGGGUCUCCGAAUUUACGUGCAAUAUGCCUGGGAGGAGCUUUAGGGGGUGAACUAUGCUUGAGGGGUUAGCGGUGGCUAGAUCUUCGCUUGCCGUACGCGUCACUCCAGGGUCUCCAGCCGGCCGGUUGAUGGCUCCGCGUCCCACUGCGGUCGAAGGGGAUGCUAGAGCCUCCGUGGCCCCGGUCGUGGGUUUAAUUUUAAAGUCGCGUUACAUAUAAAGCGGCUGAAGAGUGGGGUUUGAUUGUCAGGAGAGGAUUUAUUUUGGCACAGGACUGAUUUCGCCCUAUGGAUGACCCGCUGAAUGUCGCGGUUUUACCGUGCCAGAACCCCUGCUGUUUGAGCGGGACCUCCGGGCACGCUGGCUUGGUAUCCCCAUCCUGCUGCGGAGGCUGCAUGAGGCCAGCCACCCUAACAGCGACCUUAGCCAGGCCCACGCCGUGCUCAAGGAUAUGUCAUCCCUGCUGUCCAUGGAGGCCAUGUCUCUUGUGACUGAAGACAGGAUGUUCGCCCAAGAAGCCACUUUCCCCAGCACGUACACCUUCGACCUUUUCGGGGGCGUUGAUCUCCUGCUGGAAAUACUCAUGAGUCCCACACUGUCAACGCAGAAGAAGAAACCGAAGAGUAAGCUGGACGCAGCUCGGGAAUAUGGGGAUGGGCUCACUCUCCUGCUGUUGCCCCCCUGUGUGAACGAUGACCUCAUCAAGGACUGUCUAAGUGUUCUCUACAACUGCUGCAUAUGUACGGAAGGUGUCACAAAAAGUCUUGCGGCCAGAGAUGACUUUGUCCUCUUCCUCUUUACGUUGAUGACGAACAAGAAGACCUUCCUGCAGACCGCUACACUCAUCGAGGACAUCUUGGGCGUUAAAAAGGACAUGAUCCAAUUGGAGGGCAUCCCCAACCUGGCUGGACUGGUGCAGAGCUUCGACCAGCAGCAACUGGCCAAUUUCUGCCGCAUCCUGUCCGUCACCAUCUCCGAGCCCGACCUCGGCCAUGAUGACAAGCACACCCUACUAGCCAAGAACGCCCUGCAGAGGAAGAACUCCGGGCCGUCCCAGGCUGAGAUCAACCAAGUAACUCUGCUGGGAAUACCUGGAUUCAUCGAGCGUCUCUGCAAGCUGGCCACUCGGAAGGUGUCGGAGGCCACAGACACCUCUAACUUCCUGCAGGAACUGGAAGACUGGUACGCCUGGCUGGACAAUGCGCUGGUGCUGGAUGCACUCAUCCAGAUCAACGGCUCAGAGGCGGAGCAGAGCAGCACAGAGUCGUCGGAUGAGAGUGCUCUGGCAGCCAGCCCCCUGAGGCACCGGCUGCCGCGCUCCAUGAAGGUGGUGCAUGAGAUCAUGUACAAGGUGGAGGUCCUCUACGUGCUCUGCGUCAUGCUCAUGGGCCGCCAGCGCAACCAGGUGCACAGGAUGCUGGCGGAGUACCGACUCAUCCCGGGCCUCAACAACCUGUUCGACAAGCUCAUCUGGCGGAAGUACACAUCAUCCAGCCACGUGCUGCACGCUCAGAACCAGCACUGUGACUGCAGCCCGGAAAUUUCCUUCAAGAUACAGUUUUUGCGGCUCCUUCAGAGCUUCAGUGACCACCACGAAAACAAAUACCUGCUCCUGAACACCCAGGAGCUGAAUGAGCUAAGUGCCAUUUCUCUGAAGGCCAACAUCCCGGAGGUGGAGGCUUUGGUCAACACAGACAGGAGCCUGGUGUGUGACGGGAAGAAGGGUCUCCUGACGCGGCUCCUCACGGUCAUGAAGCGGGAACCUCCAGACUCCUCCUUUAGGUUCUGGCAGGCCCGAGCUGUGGAGAGCUUCCUCCGGGGGGCCACGUCCUACGCCGACCAGGUGUUCCUGCUGAAGAGGGGUCUGCUGGAGCACAUCCUGUUCUGCAUCGUCGACAGCGGGUGCAAGUCCCGCGAUGUGCUGCAGAGCUACUUCGACCUUCUGGGCGAGCUCAUGAAGUUCAACAUCGACGCCUUCCAGAGAUUCAACCGAUACGUCAACACAGAGGAGAAGUUCCAGAUCUUUCUGACGCAGAUUAACAGCUCCUUGGUGGACUCCAACAUGUUAGUGCGAUGCAUCGUCCUGUCGCUGGACAGGUUUGAGAGCCAGUCGGAGGAUGUCAAAGUGGUGGAGACACUCUCCCAGUGUCACCUGCUGUCCCACCUGGCUCGCGUGGAGAAUCGGCUGGCCUUCCUCUUCAGGCUCAUCAACAUCAUCAACGUGCAGACGCUGACGCAGGAGAAUGUGAGCUGCCUAAACACCAGCCUGGUCAUCCUGAUGCUGGCGCGCCGUCAUGGCCGCCUGGCCUGGUACCUGAGCGCCCUGCGGGAGAAGGAGUACACUGAGAGGUACCCGGGCUGCCUGCUGAACAACUUCCACCAGCUGCUCUGCUUCUGGCAGCGGCACUACCUCAACAAGGACAAGGACAGCACCUGCCUGGAGAACAGCUCCUGCAUCCCCUUCAGCUACUGGAAGGAGACUGUGUCGGUGCUGCUGGAUGAGGACAGGACGUCGCCCUACGCCAUCGUCAGCUACAUCGACCAGGCCUACAUGGAACUAGAACAGCACUUUCUGGAGGACUAGGCUUGUUAAAGCCCUGUGGGUCAGGAUAUCCCGUGGAGGGAUGUCUGUAAGUAUGUGCUUGUGUGCCCUGAGGUGGCCCAGGGUUAACCCCCUUCUACACACACCUCCCACCCCCAGUCUGCUGGAAGGUGGCUAGAGACCUCUGUCUCCCAGGAAACAGAGACCCACGCAAGCUUGUAAGGUCUGCUGCCAAACGUUUCCCUCACCACUAGGGGGUGCUGAGGAGGCAGGAUUAGGACCAGACAGCCAAGGGUCUCGUGGACUGUCCUGUGCGCCUCAAGUGGGCCAUCACAGAUUCUUAUGGACACUUCAAAAACAGUCUGUGUGGCUGUGAAAUGGACAUGCUUCUUGUAGAGUGUGACUCUAGCUGCCUCCCACACUGAAAGUCCAUUGUGAGAGCACAGGCAUCUGGUGUGAGUCCCAGGGAAGUACGCAGAGGCUAUCCGAGGCAUGUCCCCGUGGCUGCGAGGCUGCUGUCCUCUGGACCCCCCCCCCAGCCAACCCUGCCCUGUCUCUGCAUCGGAAGAUUCCCUGGCCUUCCUCACAGCGUGGCUCCUUUUUAUUUUCCAGUUUCUUUGGUUUAAUCAAUUCGCAAUUAAUCCUUAAUGUGUAAAUACGUGCAGUAUAUAUGUGUAUGAAAUAGCAGUGUGAUCUUUCCCAGUGUGUGAGUGAGUCGGUUUUUAUAACUUUUAUCCUUGGGUUGCCACUGCUUAUGAGGAAGGUAUGAAUGCUAUCCAUGUUACCGAUGGGAAUGUGCCCCUCCCACACACACACACGCACACACUUGGUGGGGCCGUAGAGGGGGGGCUGAGUGUGCACUUGCUCUGGGCCACCGGACUGACUUGGAAAACUUAGUGUUUGGAAUUCAGCUACCUCAACUCUGCACCGUGUAACUUUAUAUGACCGCCUGCUUGUUCUUGACCAUCAUGAACUUUGGAUGUUAAGCUCCUUUACGGUGGAGAUUCUGUUUAAUCCCAGCAUGCACCUAACCCAAGUGUGGUUUACCACCCACACCUGGGCGUCCCACAUUUAACCCGCGUUUGCUGUAGCCUAUCAGGUCCUAGCCUGACGACACCAUAUAGAUUCUAUUGGUUGUUAUUAUGUCCCUCCCCCUUCAUUUUCUACCUGUGCCCCAAAGUCAUAUCUGUGGAGUGAACUAUUCUCAUUUCAAUCCUGUCCCAUUCUAUGGGGGGGGUCGCAAGGCAGUAAUCUCCUUAAGGGUGUUAAUGAUCAGUGUAUUGUCAAAAUGUCGUUACAGUCUACCGGUUUCCCAUUCUGCUUGAAUGGGCUCUUAAUGCCGUCUUCAUUUUCCUUCUUUUUACAUGAAGUAUCUGGAUAUUAAACAAAACAUUUAGUAUCUCUUACAGGCAUGUUAGAAUAAGGUCUUGUUGCCAUAAAAAUGUCCAGUGUGCAGUAGCCGGUGUGUUUGAGUACAGCAGACUGAAUGAGUAUGAAUUUUGGCCUGGUCCUUCGCCCCCCCUGACCUGUGCCUCUGCUCUGUUUCAGCUGGUGCUCCUUGUGUUUCAGAUCACCAGCAAGCUAACAGAUGGUGCAGUGGGCGUUUGUAAAGUCUGCCUUAUCUCUAACAGGCCCUGUGGCGCCGGGCCCUUGUUCUUGCCGAUUGUCUGUAAUGGCUUGGGCUCUCCUAAUGCUAUACGUCACUCUCGAAGGACACAGUCCUGGUGCUCAGCGUGUGGCUUGUUUGUUCGCUUUCUCUUGCACUCUGGUUUAACAGAUGCCAGAAACUGCAGCAGUGCUCAGUCUGCUGCACGGCGGUUGGGUGUCCCUGCAGCAAACUGCUGCGGCGCUAAUGAGACAGGAAGUCAGUCGGCCAGCAGCCCAUCCGCAGGGAAACGGCAUUGAAUUACUUUUUUUUUUUUUUUUUUUUUUUUAACAGAUUGAUUCACCUCUUAAUCCAUAAGACCCUCCCCGCAGAAAUGCUAUUGUGCAUCAUGCUAAUGUGUCUUUCUCUUGAAAUGAUUUUGGAUUUAGAUUAUUUAACUUUAUUUGCGAAUUUAUGGGGGGUGGGAAAUAAAAUGGUAACAAUAUCAACUUGAAAUCUGAUACAGUCCGUUUUGUGACCCUUGUCAUUGUCAGAGUUUUCUAGGUGAUAGUAGAUAUUUGCCUUGGCGAAGCACUUUAGUGAGGUUCCCCUAAAUGGAAAUUUAAAUGAAUAAAACAUGGUUCUGAAUUUCA